AUGAUUUCGCCAGUGCAGAAUGCCUUUUUCGCUGCUUUUGGACGAGGGCUGGGCCCAUAUUCACUUGGGGGAAUCACAUCUAAUACAAACAACGGAACUAUUCUUGGUUCACACUUCACGAAUGGUAACCCAAAUAGUCCACUCUUGGAUAAUGUAUUUCACCAUGGGGCAUCAUGUAGUGUGCCUAAUAGUUUACCCACUCUGGUAAGGGUGAGAUCAGUUGCAAAUCAGUCUAGUGUUGGUGAAUCUGGUCACUCUGGGGGCAGCCUGAAGUUUGAAAUUCAGGGGAUGCCAAAUUCCCAUCCCCAUUCGCUUCCAGAAUAUCAUGAUGGUUUAGCUCAAGGGUUGCCCUCUGGUACAACCAGUAUCAUGAUGGUUUAUUUAUAG